GUCAUGCAUUGACGGUUUGCGGCUGCGGUGUGUUUGAAAUGUGUGCGAGGAUGAAGCCGAGUGGACGCUGAGCGCAGCCCGACCCUCAGCUCCGUGCCGGCCGCAUGCUGCUCCGCGUCUCUCUGCCCGCUCUCUGACGCUUGGGGUUGCAGUCUGGCCUCCAGCCGCGGCUGCGAAUUAACUUCAUUUCUCAGCGUCGCCUUGCUCUGAAAUCAUGUUUAUUUUAUAAAGAUGGCGGCGAGGGGGACACUAUAAACUAAAUGACUGUCAGAAACAUCGCCUCCAUUUGUAAUAUGGGCACCAAUGCCUCUGCUCUGGAGAAAGACAUCGGCCCGGAGCAGUUCCCAAUCAAUGAACACUACUUCGGAUUGGUCAACUUUGGAAACACAUGCUACUGUAACUCAGUGCUCCAGGCGCUCUACUUCUGCCGGCCUUUCCGGGAGAACGUGCUGGCUUACAAAGCCCAGCAGAAGAAGAAGGAGAACCUGCUCACAUGCCUGGCGGACCUCUUCCACUCCAUCGCCACGCAGAAGAAGAAAGUGGGCGUCAUCCCGCCCAAGAAGUUCAUCUCCCGCCUGCGGAAAGAGAACGAUCUGUUUGACAACUACAUGCAACAGGACGCCCACGAAUUCCUCAACUACCUGCUGAACACGGUGGCCGACAUCCUGCAGGAGGAGAAGAAGCAGGAAAAGCAGAACGGGCGGCUCAAGAACAACGGCACGGCCGUCACCACGGAGGCCGAGACGGAGAACAAGACGGAGCCCACAUGGGUUCACGACAUCUUCCAGGGCACGCUGACCAAUGAGACGCGCUGCCUCAACUGUGAAACGGUGAGCAGCAAAGAUGAAGACUUUCUGGAUCUUUCUGUGGAUGUGGAGCAGAACACAUCAAUAACACACUGUCUCAGGGACUUCAGUAACACAGAGACUUUGUGCAGUGAAUACAAAUACUACUGUGAGACAUGCUGCAGCAAGCAGGAAGCACAGAAGCGGAUGCGCGUGAAGAAGCUUCCCAUGAUCCUGGCACUACACCUGAAGAGGUUUAAGUACAUGGAGCAGCUGCACCGCUACACCAAGCUCUCCUAUCGAGUGGUUUUCCCGCUGGAGCUCCGUCUGUUCAACACGUCCGGGGAUGCAGUCAACCUGGAUCGCAUGUAUGAUCUAGUGGCUGUGGUGGUUCACUGUGGCAGUGGCCCAAAUAGAGGUCAUUACAUCACCAUAGUGAAGAGUCACGGCUUCUGGCUGCUGUUUGACGAUGACAUUGUGGAGAAAAUCGACGCCCAGGCCAUCGAGGAGUUUUACGGGCUUACCUCAGACAUCUCCAAGAACUCUGAGUCGGGAUACAUCCUGUUCUACCAGUCCAGGGAGUGACUGGAGCUGGAUCAGUGACACAGGAGAAGACUGAAUAGGUUUUUUUUGUUCUGUUUUUCUACCUUCAGCCGAACAGACCCAGACUCCUGCCAUCUCCAUCCCACCCUGCUCCCGUUCUCCAAGUCAGGCCCGUCUGACGCAUGUGCCAAUCCUCUGUCCCGACCUCUGGGUUAACCUGUGCUUCAUCUCUCUCUCUCUGUAAUUUGCUUCUUGCCUUUUAGUCACCUGCAUCUGGACUGCACUUUAAAACAAAAGCAAAAAUGCUCAACAGCAUGAAACAAAAAGGAGUCUACGUUCACUUCGUUAGUUGGAGAAGCCCGCAGAGGUGAUUCUCCACCCGGAACAUGACGGAGGGAGGCGGUAAAGGGUCUGGUGCACAUACAGACUUGUCAGGAGUUGUACUAUAUCAUUUAUAUGUAAAUAAGGUCUACUUACAUGAUGUGUCGCCCCCUCAUAAUUCCUCUCAUUAGGGCUAUUUUCCCCACCACUGUCUCGUCCUUUGAUAUGUACAUGUCCCUGGUGGAUGCAUGAGAGGUGAAUGAAGUUGGAGACACAUACAGAUUUCUGGCAUUUCCACUGACUCUGAAGUGAUAUCUGAGCAUUAAUCAGAGAACUGACAAGCUGAAAACUACCUAAACUUUAACUGUAACAGCACAGAGGUUUUGCCCCGUAGAGAAUCCCUCUGUGAGCUGCUGUCUGUCUGCGCUGCCACUCAUGGUCACCAGAUACGAUCAGUACUUUAAACCAACUGAGCCAAACACUCUUAACACUACACAUGAAAGAUGGAUCUCCAUUCAAAUCAGCUGAAUCUUUAUAUAUUUUUUAAUUCUGCUGGAAAACCCCUAUUUAUUGACCAUAUUUAUUGCUGUUAUUUGUAAUGCAGACUAUUAGAUAAUGAAGGUGUGUGUGUAAUAUGGCUCUUUUGAGAGCUUUCUCUUUUGUUUCUGAGUGAAGGACGUGGUGUAUGUAAUACACAACUUGAUAGGGGAAAAAAAAUUGGCCCUAUAGGUUUCAUUUUGUAAUUUGCAUGUUAAAUGAAACAAGGCAGAUUAACAGGAUGCAAGUGAGACACAACCCAGAACUGCCGAAUCCGACUGGCAUGAAAAAGGUGAUACGAGUGCAAUAAGAGAUGACGUUACCCAACGUGGAAUUUCCGGGUGAAACUAAUAUGAAGUACAUUUAAAUGUUAGUGGUAGAUGUGUUUCUUAGCAGCUGAUCCUUCCCCAGUGCUGUGUGUCUGUGGUGUCAAAGUAAAUGCCCCCUUCACUUCCUGCUGGGAAGUUAUCUACAACCUUCCUUCAUGCAUCUUUUUCGUAGCUUAACACAGCAUUGUCUUUUUUGUUUUUCCCCAUGUUGAACCACAGCUCAGUAGUUUUCUUUUUGUUUGUCUCUGACUGUGAUGGCGUUAAUUCUGUGUGUCAUGUGUAGCACAUUGAAAUCCUAAAUCCCACAGAGGUAAAAGUUCAAGUAUCAGCGCUAACUCAUGCACUAACCCCUGAACUGUAGAUGUUUUCUCAUGGGCCCGUUCCCCAGCGGCCGCGGCCUGUAGAGUAGUGCGACGUCACACAACUUGUUUUCAUGUGAAUGACAUUCCUGUUCGCUGCACAUCAGAGGAAGUACCAUUUCAAAUGCAUCUCGUUAUAAAUAAGCGGUAGGAAUAUGAUUAAUUUGCUGGCUUUGUGUGCGUGUCUGUGCAGGAGAGGCAGAAUUCAAAGUGAAAACAGCGAGCGGGUGACGAAUGUGCUCGUUUCUGCUGUCGCCGCCAUUUAGUCUGUUACUGGGUGAAGUCACGAGGAAUACGUGCCAAACUGGAGUCGAUACGGACCUUGCAGCAGUCUUUAACAGAACAUUAUUUUCUUUGUAAAGAUACAACUUGUACAUAUAUAAUAUGUAGAAAAACACUUCUGGAAAUAGGAAAAUAUUUUUUUAAAGUGAAGAUCUUAAAAUGUAAAGACACUCAUGGCAAAGAUUUUAGCAUUACGCUGACCAUUAAUGAAACCCUGUUAAGAAAUGCUGUUAAUUUGCAAUCGCUCGAUAACAUAAUCAGUCACGUUUGUGCAGAAGUCACCAUUGGUCACUUUUACUGGUUUGAACUGAGCCAGGAUCGAAACCAGUAGCAGGAAUAGAGAGACACGGGUGGCAGGAAAGAGACUAACGCGCCGAUCUUCCAUUAACACUUAUGCACUCGCCCUCACUGAGAUGAUCAGUUGUUGCACUUGGUCUUAUAUCUCUUACUGUGAUAGUGUUCUGCCUGUGAGAGCCCAGGUGCAGAGGGUCCUGCACCCGCUGGGGUCUGAUUGAGCUUGUGGGAUUGAAAGAGGAGAUGAAUUUGAGUCUCUAUUAGGCUGUUAACUGAAAGUGCACUUUAUUAGUGAUGAGCUUCGAUGCUUGAACAUGAAGAACCACAGUUUAACACGCUCAUUUUGAGUUUUUUUUUCCCCUUCUGUUCAAUAAAAUGA